GUUUUUGCACGACGUCCCACAAAGUCGCCACCCUCCAACGUGUCCGUGGUGACUGAAUCGUCCGACCGCGACAGGACGAGUCGAAGGAGAUGGGCGAAGUAGGGGAGAUCGUGCGCAUCGCUCUGCCCAACGAUUCGAAGCUAGGGAUUGCUAUCACCCCGCCGAAGCAUGGGGUCACCGUGCGUGGUCUCAAGAUUGACAAGGUCCAGAACGAACUCUUUGUCGGACGCAUCUCGCACGGCGACUUGAUGCUCGAAAUUGGCGGGGUCCAGUUGGACGGCAUGAAGUUUGCCGACGCCGUGAACCUCAUUAAGACUCUGCCGCGACCGCUGGAGCUUACGUUUGAAAUCGUUCCGACACACAUGAAGAAAACGGUGACGGCGAAAGAAGGCGGCGAGGAAGAUUUCGACAAAAUCCCAUCGUAUAACGUCGUACUGGACGGUGACAAGAUUGGUUUCCAGCUCGACGACGGGUCCCGCCUUGGGAUUGACGGGACGGUUGUCAAGGCUGUGCGGGACCAAGCGGAAGAAGCCGGCAUUGCCGUGGGAGAUAUUGUGUACAAGGUCAACGGCACCGAAGUGUUGUUUAUGAGUUUGAAACAAGUCCAGAAGCUCAUUAAGGCGACGCUGCCGCCGCGAAGUUUGGACUUUAUUCCGAAACUCUACUUGGAGGAGGUGCAGCGGAUGAACCAGCAGAUGUCGGCGAUGGAGAAACAGCUACGAACGCCCAUCCCCAAGCACGACACACAGGAAGAAAAGUCGAUUACGGAAAUCAUCAAGGAGCAUCGCGCAACUAAAAUCAAGGAAGGACCGAUGUACAAGCAAGGGCGUAUGGUGAAGAACUGGAAGCUGCGCCACGUCGUACUGCGCGUGACCAAGCUCGAGUACUUCAAAGAUGCUCGGGAUAAGAUUCCCCAAGGUAUCGUGGACUUUGAAAACUGCCGGUGCACGGUGCGUCCGCUUCCAUCCGCCGUCAAGACUUCGUCGACGCCGGGAGGGCAUUUGCUCGAACUCGCCGCGGGUGACCGUGUGCUUGUCAUGUCGUGCACGACAGAGAACGAAAAGGAAGAUUGGCUGGAGGCCCUUCGAGUGGCGAUCGAUGCGUCCAAAGCAGUGACACGUCAGGAGUCGUCUCUCGGGUAUAACCAGGAUCCAAACGUCCUGCGGCGCGAUGAAUCAAUUCUCAACAAAACGUUCAAGUCCCUCGAGUCGGGUGCGGUCAAGCGCCGCGAGUCCAACGGUGUCGUGAUACCCCCCACGCUGACGCAGCAGCUGUCGAUUCAACCGGGCGAUGCCGGCCAGUCCGCGGUCAAAAUUGAAGUGUGCGCCGUCGCGAACCUCACCAAAGCGUUCUUUCAUGUGUUGAAUCCGUUUUGCGAAGUGACGCUCGGCGCCGAGACGUUCAAAACGCCCGUCGUGCGGGAUACGGUCAACCCUGUGUGGAACCAAGAUAACAAGGUUGUGUUUGGUGUGGUCGAUGACGACGCUGUCAUCGAAAUCCGCGUGUUUGACGAGCGGUCGUUUCGUGGAUCGGAGCUCCUGUCGACACUGACAAUUCCGCUCUCGUCGCUGCCCAACAAACAAAAGAUCGAACACACGUAUCCACUGAUCCUGGCAGACCGAUCCGCCCACGCAUCCAUCACGAUGAAGUUGGAGUACAGCAAGAAUAGCCACGCGGUGCAGGACUAUCCUUCACUCCAGAUGAACACGCCCGUGCCUGACAUGCUGGCCGUGCCGUCCCUCCAAGUCAAGAAAGCAAUAUCCGAGGCCAACACGACGGGUCUCACGCAAGAAGAAAUCGACAAGAUGAAUGAAAUGUCGGAAGUUGCUGAUGCCGCUGCCGACGAUGCCAGUCGUAUUGCGAAGCAAGCCCAGGAACUUGCCAAUUCGUUGAUCGAAGAAGCUCGGCGGAAAGCUGAGAUGGCCAUUGAAGCGGCGCAACUGGAGGCGAUGGGUCAGAAAGCAGCAGCGGAAGAGGCUCGAGCCGCGGCCAAAUUGGCGCGCGAACAGGCCGAUUUGCAAAUGGCUGCUGCGCGCAAAGCGCAGGAGGAGCUGCACGAGGCCCAAAAACGCAGACAACUCAUUCGAUCCGGGUCGACGACGGUCAAUUUGGGCGGAAGCAGCGGUGGUCAAAGCGGCGGGUUUGGUCAAUUCUUGGCGUAUCGUACCAUGUUUGUCAAAGAAAAGAUGAGUGAAGAAGACGUGCGUGCAAAGAUGGUGUCGGACGGCAUCGACGACGAACAAAUCAAUCACUUCUUUGAUGGGAUUAAGGACUACCGUGCAAAAAUGGCAGAGCUGGAGCAGCAGGUGGAAACCCUCAAGCGCGAGCGUAGCAUGAAGAAGCGCGAAGAGGAGGCGAAGCGGACAAGUGAACCGUCAGCUGCGGUCAUGCUGCAGUCGGGAACGAUCUCAAGCGACCAGGAGAAGAUUUUGCGCCGUCUACUCAAGUUGGAAAGGCAGUUAAAGCAGGCAGGGAUUGUUGUUGCCGAAGACAUUCCGUACGAAGAAGCCCAGAAGAAAGUUGAGGAAAUCUCCCGCCGCAUGGGCGAGAUCGGGUCGGCGGACGUGACGCACCCAGACCCUGCGACGCAAAAACUCCUGCGUGAAGAGUAUUUCAAGCUCGAGCAAGACAUGGAAAAGUACAACGGGGCGCUCAUGUUGACAGACGAGUACGCGGCAGAGCAGGAGCGCAAGGAGCGCGAGUGGGAGGAGGAAAAUCGUGAAGAGAAUGAAAAGGCCUUACGCGCGAUCCGUCGCAUGAUGCCAGUCGACGUCAAAUCGAUGUCGGAAGCGCAACUCCAAGCAAUCGAAACCACGACGGGAAAGAAGCUCUCGCGCGAUGUCGCGCUCAAGUUCAAGCGCACGAACGUGCUUGAAAUCCUCCGGACAAACCCGAUGGAUCUACAAAAGAACCAUCCGAGUUUGCUUGACGGGCUUCGUGUGACCGGAUUGACUGUCACCGAGCGCCGUGCGCUGCACCUACAUUUGCGCGAGGUGGCCGAGACGUGGAAGAGCCAGCAAAAAGAAGAAAUGGCCGCGCGCAAGUACGCCUGGUUUAAAAGUCUCAAAGAUACGUUCAAGACUGCAGUCGGCGCGUACAACCGGCAUGUUGCCCAGUACGGACCGCCCGGCAACCAUCCGUAUGCGACGCGUGAUGACCCUGGCGUUGGGUGCCCCAUGAUUGGGAAGCAGUGCCCGUUGAAAGCCGACGCCGCCCCUGCGUACAACAUCGAUUUGGGCUUUCCCGAAGGCCCGGUGUACCAGCAAGUGAAUGUGACGCUGUCCACUCCCGACGAUGUAGGCGCCGCUGCCAAAGCCGAGCUCGAAAGACUCAAAGCUGCCAAGAACGAACAAGCCUCGAUCGAGCGCGAGAAAGACCUCAAGGAGCACUACAAACACGUCAAGGGCAACACGCUCGUGCUGGUGAAGGCGGCCAACGGCGCGUGCGAAAACUUGUCGGAGCUAGUCGACAAGAUUGAGCAGAAGCAGAAGGAAUGGUUCAAGAAAAUUCUUAAUACCGGUCCGAGUGAGCCGAGUGCUGCAGCCAAGAAAGCCGAAGUUGCUGAAUUUGAUGACCUCAUCCAGGAAUUGCGCUUAAAGUCCAACCAGUUUGCCGAACGCUCGGGCAUGUACUUGCAAGGACGGCGCAACCCCGAAAAGGACACACCGGACACCCGAUCGUUCCACGAGCUCAAUCACGUGCUGCUCAUGAUCGAAGCGGUUGAUGAUUGCUUUGCGGGACUCGACGACCGAAUGAAGAAAAUUCGUUUUGACGACGAAAAGCGAUUACGCGGCGCGAUCAAGACCGUCACGGACGUGACGAACGAGCUCAAGUCGAGGAGUCAAGCCACACUAAAGUCACUGGGACCGAAUCCUGCCCUCGCGCGCAAACUCAAAUCGAGGGCGGAACUGCUCAAAGAAGUCAAGGCCGAAGCAGCUGCUGCGGCCCCUGCAGCAAGUGCUCCAGAGGACGAUACACCGGUCCGACCGCCACAUCCCAUGAUGGGUGGGCGAGGUGGUGGACGUGGCGGCAAUCCAUUGCUGGCGGCCAUCAAUGCAAAGAAGAAGGACGACGACGACGACGACACGGGACGCCGUCCGAAUCCGAUGGGAGGACGCGGCGGAGGCAAUCCGCUUAUGGCGGCCAUCGCGGCAAGAAAAAAAGGAGGCGACGAUGGCGACGAUGCCCCGCCAGCUCGUCCCCCUAAUCCUCUUAUGGCGGCUAUCGCAGCAAGGAAGAAGCCAGACGAUGACAGCGAGCCUCCUGCUCGUCCUGUAAAUCCCCUUAUGGCGGCGAUUGCUGCGAGAAAGAAACCGGAUGACGACGAUGCACCGCCAGCGCGACCUGUGAAUCCACUCAUGGCAGCGAUUGCAGCUAGAAAAAAGCCCGAUGACGACGAUACACCCCCCGCUCGUCCUGCCAACCCCCUCAUGGCAGCCAUAGCUGCAAGGAAGAAACCAGACGACGACGACGACUCUCCUCCAGCACGUCCUGCGAAUCCCCUCAUGGCAGCAAUUGCUGCACGUAAAAAGAUUGAAUAAUAGACGAAGCGUGGUGGCGAUGUAAAACGGAUGAUGCUGCGUUGCCAACAAUAUCGUUUACACAAGUCAAAGUGGUGUCGAGGACGCAGUCGUGGUCCGCACGUGUCAAGACGAGGGCACGUUCGAGCGCAAGGGAAGCGCCAACGUAUCGUCAGCGCCGAUACAAAGAAGUCGGAGGCGUCAUCAAGAUGGUUCGACGCACGACACAACCGGGUGCUUGUGGAGAUUGGUUUACAUCUUGGGCAGUUACGAAUUUAAUAUAUACAUCCA